UCCAGUUUGGGAUUAGGGCCCGUCGGAUUCGUUUCCAAUUUCUCGCCGUCUGUUUUUAUCUGUUCCUACUUACUACGGAUGUGAGUUCGUACGAAGCUCUCUGAAGAACGCCAUCGACUCGACGCUUUUGUGAGGAAAGAAAGUCAGGCCUACAUGUAUGUACUACUGUACUGUAAUCAACAAGCUAGGCCGUACGCCGCCCUGCUUCAAGUGUCUUUGUUGAGGAUGUCGUUGUUGGGAUGAGGAGGCCUACGACGGAAGCUUUCAGAGAAUUGUGUUCCUUCAGACCUCAGACGUGCUAAACAUCUCCAAGAUCUCGAAACUGCGUGUUUAUCGCUCUCAAUAAGGUGUCACGGGUUCGUAACAUCUCGCAAUUCUUCAAGAUGGGAUCGAAGAACGAGGACGGUUCCAGAGACAAAUCGAGGUUUAGUGAGUUCGCCGGGAAUGGUUUCCUGCCCCUCGACAAUUCUAAAACGGUUCAAAGUGAGGCUUUAUUGCCUAACGAAUUCAAAGACUUGGAGCUCAACUUGGGAAGACCCAGGCGCUACUGGGUAGUGACUUUGAGUAUUCUUUUAUAUGGAAUGGUUUUUAAUGGCACCACUAACGGCUUUGCCAGUCCAGCACUAGUGUUAAUGCAAAGCAACCAAUCUGGAGACGAUUUGGUUUUGACAGAUCAAGAGUUGUCCUGGGUAUCGAGUCUCGCUGGUUUGGGUUAUCCAGUGGGAACAAUCCUCUCCGGAGUCCUUAUGAGGUACCUGGGCCGCAAAUGGGCCACCUUAACUUUACACUGCUCCAGUUAUGUCUUUGGCUUUGGUCUCAUCUACUUGGCGCCAAAUGCCAAUUGGAUUUUCUUGGGCCGCUUUGUUUGUGGAAUUUGUCAGGGCAGCUGUAAUUGUAUAAUUAUAGUAUAUACUCUGGAAAUGUGCAUCAAUCAGAAACAAAGAGCACUUGUUGGGGUUCUUUUGGCUGUGAUGGGCUACAGUGGAACCUUAUUCAUCAAUGUUUUGGGAGUGUUUCUCACUUGGCGUCAACUUGCACUCACUUCCUUGGUAAUGGCUGUUCCAUUUGUGGUGGGUCUCAUCAUCUGGGUCCCUGAGGCCCCACAAUAUCAUUUGUCUAAGGGACAAUCUUCUCUGGCCCUCAAUGUGUAUGACCAAUUAUUUGGGAUUCAUUUCCGCCCUUCUGUUCAAUACUUUCUGAAUCAAGGUUCUCAGAUGUCCGAAGAUCUGGAGGCUGAAUCAUUCCAGGGAGCUCAGAAAUGCCAGUCCUCGCUCAAAUUACUUCAAGCUUUGAUUUUUAUGCUUUUCUACCAAUUUGCCGGUUACAAUGUCAUUUGUUUCUACGCAGCCUCAAUUCUUCAAACAGAUGCCAAGUACAUCAAUUAUCAGUCAAACAGAUCUUUUUGGCACUCACUGGAUCCGGCCCUAGUGGCAGCAGUGUUUGUGGCCUUGGCCGGACUUUUGGGCGUGGUUUUUGGCGUGUACUUGGUUCAGCACUUCCAACGCAAGAACCUCCUCAUCACGUCAGCUUUAGGCACCUCUUUGGCCUUUUUCGCACUAGGUGUCCUCUUCGAAGGCAAAAAAGGGAAUGUAUCCAAUCACAUUGGAUGGGAUCUUUGGCUACCGACAGCGCUACUGGUGAUUCACAUUCUGAUCUUCAGCACCGGCUAUGGAUCCAUUGGAUUCCCAAUGUUGGCUGAAAUGCUGCCACCAGCCAUGAGACCUAUUGGCAUGUCUUUUCUGACAACCAUGGGCGGAAUUUUCACCUUUGCCAACGCCAAAUCCUUCAGCGAUCUGAGUGGUGUCUGGGGACAAGGCCUGACGUUCAUCGUUUACGGAGCCAUCAACUUCUUGGGCGCCAUCUACAUUCGAGUCUGCGUGCCCAAGUUAUAAACUGUGCCAUGAACCACACAACAACGUCUUUCCGAUCAUCACUUCUUGUCAAACAAAUGUAUUGCUCAUACGAAUUGCGAAUGUGUGCUAAGAAAUCCAGAUUCCAUCUAUA